AUGACUCGAACUCGACAAGCUCGAGGAGUACAACAUGCGACAGUCACGAAUUCUAUUUCCGCAUCAACCUAUGACGGUCUCGACGAAGAUAUCGACGGAAAUGGGAUUGAAAAUGAUCAAACAAUGGAUGAAGGUCAGGUUGAACACGAUGUAUCAAUGACUGAAGAAGAAGAAGUCAAUGAUGGUAUUGGUGCUGGUCAUGGUGGUACUGAUAAUACCCAGGAAGGUGCAAAGAAGUUGAAAUCCAAUGUAUGGCAGUAUGCAGAAAAGCUUAAAAAUGGAAUGGCCAAAUGUUUAAAAUGCAAAACACGUAUUAAGACCACCAAUGGUGCAACAUCUACCUUAAGAAAACAUUUGAUAAAAGAACAUCGUCUAACGCAUUUAACUUUAUUACCUGCUUCACGUCCAAAACCAACUUCGAAUAACUCAGUUACUCGAGAAAAGAAGAAUCGUUUGGAUUAUUUAGCAACUGUGGCCAUCAUCGAGGAUGGUCGGACAUUUGGCGAUCUUCGUAAAAGUGGGAUUACGAAGUUUUUAGAUGAAGCAAUAUCAGAUCUCUGUGGUCUUGGUGGUCUAUUUGAUUUAUAUGAUAUUGUGGUCUAUGUGGUCUUGGUGAUCUUGGUGGUCUUGGUGGUUUUUGGUGGUCUUGGUGGUCUGUGA